AGAGGAAGGAGGACAGGACGGAGUCAUGUUGAACUUUCGUUUCGAAUUCGUUUCAGGUCUUUAAACCCGGCGAUGUCCGACAUCCUCAUGAAGGAAAUGGAGAGCAUCUCGAUCGGCGCGACGCUGCCGGAGGAGAGUCCGGGCGGGGGGCGGAGCUUCCUGCUGGUGGACGAACAAGAAAACCUGCAGGUCCGCGACGAGACCGAGUUCGUGGACCGGCUCGGCUGCGGCGACGUGGCGGGGGUCAAGGUCCUCUCCAUCUUCGGCAACGCCGGCGACGGCAAGUCCCACACCCUCAACCACAUCCUGUUCGGCGGCGAGACGGUGUUCUACACCUCCAAGUCCCCCAGCUCCUGCACGGUGGGGGUGUGGGCCGCGUACGACCCCGCCCUCGGCCUGGUCUCCCUGGAUACCGAGGGCCUGUUGGGGGCCGCGGCCAAUCAGAACCAGAGGAUGCGGCUGCUGCUCAAGGUCUUGGCCGUGUCCGAUAUCGUGGUCUAUCGCACGCGGGCCGAGCGCCUCCACAACGACAUGUUCCAGUUCCUGAGCAACGCCUCGGGGGCCUACCUGAAGCACUUCACCCCGGAGCUCCGGGCCCUGUCCAGCCGCUGCGGUCUGGACGUGCCUCUCUCGUCUCUCGGGCCGGCCGUCAUCGUCUUCCAGGAAACGACGCACACCCAGUUACUCGGUCACGACUCGAAGGGGUCGGGCCAAGCCGACACGCUGCUCCAGAAGCGGUUCCACGACCUGGGCUUGGGGACCGACGCCUUCAGCUCGGUGCAGUACGUCGGCACGCAGACCGUCGCGCCCCCCACCGACUACGGCCAGCUGCUGGAGGCCGUCAGGCAGCAAGCGAAGAACACGCACACGCGCUCCCCCCGGCAGCCCGGGAUCGUGUUCCACGCGCUGGAGGCUCUAAGUGAGCGUUUCUGUGGGGAGCUGUCAGACGAGAAGAUGACCCCCCAGUCUUUCUUCCCAGACGAGUACUUCACCUGCUCUGCCUACUGCCUCAGCUGCAACAUCCGCUGUAAAAAAGGAAUGAACCACCUGAGAGACCGGGUGCCCCACAUGGCGGAUGGACUGUGCCAGUAUGUCCACCAGUACAACAACAAGGUCCUCAUCUGUAAGAGGUGCUACGAAGGAGGGCGAGAGGCGAUCGUUCUGCCCAAGACGACAGCGUCCACCGACAACCCGUGGUUCGGACUGGCCAAGUAUGCCUGGUCGGGCUACGUGUUGGAGUGUGCCAGCUGUGGUGUGAUCUACCGCAGCCGGCAGUACUGGACGGGGAACCAGGACCCCGAGAGCGGCGUGGUGCGCUCUGAAAUCAAACACGUCUGGGAAGGGUCGGACACCUUCCUGACCAACCACCAGAACGCCGCCCAGCGGGUCCUGGACGGGAUGAACUACGUGAUCCAGUCGGUGUCGGAGUACAGCACGGGGCCCACCAAGGCGGUCGCCGCCUGGGUCACGGAUCAGGUGGCGCCGCCGUACUGGAGCCCCAACGCCGAGAUCACCAUUUGUCACAGCUGUCGGAAAGUGUUCGAGGAGGCGGAGAGGAAGCACCACUGCCGGUCGUGCGGCGAGGGCUUCUGCCACCCGUGCUCCGGCCACCGGAUGCCGGUGCCGGAGCGAGGCUGGGGCAGCGGGCCGGUCCGGGUGUGCAAGGCCUGCUACCAGCAGGGGGGGCCGGUGGCCACCAACAGCCAGGUGUGUAAGGUGGAGGCUCGCGGGCUGAUCGCUCGCAGAGUGACGGAGGUGGCCCAGUGCACGCUGGACAUGGUCACCACGGCGGUGGACUACCCUCUCUGCUUCGUGAAGGACGUGGCUCGGCCCGACUACUGGGUGCCGGACCACGACAUCGCCCAGUGCCACCAGUGCUCCAAGGCCUUCACCCCGGCCAUGUCCAAGCACCACUGCAGGGCGUGCGGUCAGGGCGUGUGCGGGCCGUGCUCCGCCCGCGUCAAGGCCGUGCCGUCGCGAGGCUGGGACCACCCGGUCCGGGUGUGUGACGGAUGCCACGGCCGCCAGGGCAGCCUGUGAGCUGUAAAAUAAAGAAGGGAAGAAGGAAAGAAUGAAAACGGGAGAACCGAUCCAGAACAAAACGCGGUGAGUCUCGGGGGCGCCGCUGCGCCGAGGAUCCAUCGCGCGGCGCCCGAAUGGCGUCGGUCUUGGUUUUUUUUAGCGUGAAAAGACACGGAGGGGGUUUGUUCCGAGGCUUAAAAAAAAAAGUCGGUCUGGACCCGGUCUGGUUUUUAUCAACGCUGACCUAGGAUCAGCUUUCCCCGUCUCGCCUGCCUUCCUUAACCACACUGACUCUGCAGCGGUUACGAGGUAGAACUCGGAUCACCGUGACGACGGGACAAAUGGGGAUUUUUCUGGACAUUUUUAGGAAACUAACGGGGCGUCACACACACCUCCUCUCGUGCUCUCGGCCGCCGCCCUCCUUCCUCGAAGCACGCGACCCGUUUUCCAUUUUUGACCUGUUUGUGUACGGAAAUAAAUAAAGAAAAGAGAUGAUGCUCUGGGAAUAAUGGGGGCGGGGCUUAAAGUGGGGUCGGUCGCAAAGCCCUCAGAGAGAAGUAGAGAUUGUGUGAUGCGCUCUUUUCCAUCUCUCUCUCUGAGAUCUACAGCAACGCGUGCCUUCGUGGGAAUCUCCAUUCCCACUUCUGUAGCUCCUACGUUUAGUUUGAGGCGGUUUUGAGCAGUCGUGAGAUAUUAAACGUGCCUGAUCAGUGCAGUGUCAUAUGGACGGAAGAGGAAACCUUUAGCACAACACAUUGUAAACAUUCCAAUGUAUGGAAAUACCUGUAAUGAUGUAGAGUGACCCCGCUGUGAGGUUAUUGUAAAGAAAAUACUGUAAACACGGGCGCUCUGGUGAUGCUGCAGAGAGCUCUCUUAAUAUAUUGAAUGCACUCGACUCAACAAUGGAGAUGUCUUCAUGGAUCAGUUGCAUUGUUCGUGGUGAUGUGCACCGUUCAACAUACUGGAUACAUGUAUGCAAUUAAUAUCUGUCUAGAAAUGAUCAGUUAAAAUGUUAGAGAUGUUUUACAGGAAUCUUUGGAAAUUGACCAUCUUGAUUGUUCUUUUCUUUGUUAAAUCAGGAUUGUUCGAAUAAAGAAUAACAAAGGAA